AUUAAGCUGAGUGAAGUUGUUGGCUCAGGAAAAGAUGGCAGAAUACUUAAAGAAGAUAUUCUCAACUUUUUGGAAAAGCAGACAGGAGCCAUAUUGCCUCCUUCGCCAAAAGCCGAAAUCGUAUCACCUCCACCAAAGCCAGCAGACAGGACUGUCCCCAUACCAAUAUCAAAGCCUCCAGUAUUCACAGGCAAAGACAAAACAGAGCCUGUAACAGGCUUUCAAAAAGCAAUGGUCAAGACGAUGUCUGCAGCCCUGAAGAUCCCUCACUUUGGCUAUUGCGAUGAGGUUGACCUUAGUGAACUGGUUAAGCUGCGAGAAGAAUUGAAACCUGUUGCUUUGGCUCGUGGAAUCAAGCUCUCCUUUAUGCCCUUCUUCUUAAAG